CUUUAAUCCUUGAACACACACUCACACUAACGUAAAAGUGAGUCAUCAGCAAGGUGUUGUUUCAGUUUGAACCACGUUUAAACACUCUUGACACGUGUAAAGUCAACAGAGAGAUGAUGAUCACACAGAGUUCACUUACAUUUGAGGAAGUGUGCAGGGAUGUUGGACAACCUGUGUAAAUAUUCAGAGUUAAAAUGGCAUUAACCGAAGAGAAGAGCAUGCAUGUGAGGUAUGGACACACAUGCAGUGCAGCAGAGAGAGCUCCUGUCUGCAGCGGGUAGCUAGCCAUGCCUAGCUAGGUGUCUCAUCCUGCUGGACUCGUCCCUUCUGCCUGAAGCUUGGUCGCAACCUCCAGGACUCUCCCAGGACUUUGAAGUCCUCCUCGGCCCUAUAUCUGUGAGCUGGACUAUGGGGGAUAGACGUGCACACUCCUUUCACUCGACGUGCCACGUGCAACGCCACUAUGGCAGCAGGAUGGGGAGCUCCUUCAUAAGUUGCAGACCCAACGGAUAUGCCAGCACGAGCCUCAGCCACAGCCUGGACCAGGACACGGAUGACCCCAUGACCUCCAUCGGCUCUACCACUACUGGUUCUUCCCUGCGGGCUCCUGCACCUGACCAAAGCCAUUACUAUCCUGUUUCAAUGGAACUGGACCCCGCAGCGGUGAAUAAUGGAUCAGGCAUCCCCUGCUGUGCGCCAGCAGAUACAAUGGACCCGGGGCUGCAGACCACACACGACCAGCCCAUCACCUCUGUCCCUCCGCCUCUGCCUCUCCCUCGUUCGAGCUGGAUGCGUCAUCAUCCAAAGGAUUUCCAUAGCCCUUACAUCAAGACUAGCAUGCAGGGCGAUGUUUACAACUUCCUAGAGAGACCUGCUGGAGUGAAAUGCUUCCUCUACCACUUCCUCGUCUUCAUCAUGGUCCUGGUGUGUCUAAUCUUCAGUGUCCUGUCCACUAUAGAGCAAUAUGCAGAGUUCGCCACCGGAACCCUCUUCUGGAUGGAGAUUGUGCUGGUGCUGUUCUUUGGCACAGAGUACGCGGUCCGGCUGUGGUCGGCAGGCUGUCGCAGCAAAUAUGCAGGCAUCAAAGGACGCCUCCGCUUUAUCAGGAAGCCCAUAUCAAUCAUAGAUUUGAUAGUGGUCAUUGCCUCAAUCAUUGUGCUUGGUGUGGGGUCCAAUGGCCAAGUGUUUGCCACGUCCGCCAUCAGAGGCAUUCGUUUCCUCCAAAUACUGCGCAUGCUGCAUGUGGAUCGACAGGGAGGAACAUGGAGGCUCCUGGGAUCUGUAGUCUUUAUUCAUCGACAGGAGCUGAUCACCACGCUGUACAUCGGCUUCCUGGGCCUGAUCUUCUCCUCCUAUUUCGUCUACUUGGCGGAGAAGGAUGCUGUGGAUGAGGAGGGCAAGACGGGCUUCUCCAGCUACGCCGAUGCCCUGUGGUGGGGCGUGGUGACUGUCACCACAAUCGGCUACGGAGACAAAAUUCCUCAAACGUGGAUAGGCAAGGCCAUCGCCUCCUGCUUCAGCGUCUUCGCCAUCUCCUUCUUCGCUCUGCCUGCUGGUAUCCUGGGCUCAGGGUUUGCCUUGAAAGUCCAACAGAAGCAGAGACAGAAGCACUUCAACAGACAGAUCCCUGCUGCAGCCUGCCUCAUCCAGACACUUUGGAGGUGCUACGCAGCAGAGAAACCAAACGGCUGUGCUGUCACAUGGAAAAUGUAUGUUCUAACUCCGGAGGUCGUCACCACAGUGGAACCUGACAACUUCGUCCCUCACGUCAGGAUACUGAACAUAUCGAAAAAGGGACCCAAGAGGAGAUUGAAGCCCAGAGGUAAUGGAUCCAUGGGUGUGGCCUCAGAGAGAGGUGUAGCAAUCCCCCAGAUCACCUACGAUCAUAUCGACGACUCCGAGGAGAAGAAAGAUGACUCCUUUUCCCUGGAAGAGCCACGAGGGGCCUGUGAAGGAAUCAACAGAAUGUUCAGACAGACAGGCCCUCCUCAUCAUUCCUGGUCGUCUUUCACUCUGAGCUGCCCUGGCUCUCCAGUGAGGAGGAAUCACGAUCACAGCACCUCCAUCGACAUCUCCCGCGCCAACAGCUUGACAGAUGACUACUACAUGGCUGAGGACAUUCCCCUGCCGGUGGUGAAAGCUCAGUUGUCCCAUGCCCAGAGAUCAGCCGUAAAAGUCCUCCGCAGAAUGCAGUACUUUGUGGCCAGGACGAAAUUUCAGCAAGCGCGGAAGCCCUAUGAUGUGCGAGACGUGAUCGAGCAGUAUUCCCAGGGUCACCUCAACAUGAUGGUCCGCAUCAAGGAGCUGCAGAGAAGGCUCGACGGCACACUGGGGAAGCCGGGAAUGUUUCUUCCAGGAAAAGGAGAAGAUAAAGAAUACCCAACUAUUGGAGCGCGACUGAUCAGGCUAGAAGAUAAGGUCCACCAGAUGGACCGGAAAAUGGACUCGGUCCUGCGGAUCCUGAUGGAGCAGUUUCCGCCAAAGCCGGAGCUGACGUCCAAGCCGUCCAUCCGCAGGGUGACCAUCCAGAAACACAAGAGUGCCAGCCAAGACGAGGGGCUCUGAUGCCGCGGCGAAGCGUCGCGCUGGGAUGGUGUCGUCACCAAAGGAGGAUUAAAGGGACUAGGAGUUCACAUAAACAGCACCCUUACAUGAGAGGGGACUCAGUCUUCCACAACACCCUCCCUCUCUUCCAUAUCCCAAAUUCUCUCAAUGACUUUUGAGAAGAGAACAACUUUGAAUUGUCCACUUGGCGCUGCUCUGGGACAUGAGAGUGGGACUCACGGUGUAGAAAGAAGGCUAACCAACCUCUUCCUUCUGAUGAUUGUUGGCUCUUUUUUUGGUCUCUAAAUGUAGCUUCCUCUUCUACACCAGCAUAAUCAGUCUUCCCCUUCAGUCAUCGACACGCUACAUGAAUUAAUUUCCCUACAUUAGCCUCGUAAUCUCACUACUGAGAUAAUGUUAAUCUACGUGCGGCCUGUCACUGAGCUGCAUUCGUCUACUCCAAAUAUUAUUCCAAAGCUAACUAACCCAGUAAUGAAGUCGUAAUGCAAUCAAAGCACUCGAGUUCCCCAAAGACACAGAGGGAAAAACUGCGAGUCCAGCCGUGGCAGAGGCAUUCCCCGAAUCCUUCUGAUUAUCUUGGCACCGUCCACACCCAGUACACAACUGGGUUAUUUCCACAGCCACAUAUCCAUCCAGCCUGACUGUACUCAGGCUGCGGCGGGUGUUUGUUAGUAGUGAUCGAAUAACACGAGGAGGGAAGGGCACAUUAUCUGUUGACUUUGCCCUGCGUUAGGGACCGGAAGGAAAGAAAUGGAAGUAAAGAAAUGUGUCUGGGGUGGGUUGGCUAACACGGUGCUGAUUACAGCUACAGUGAAGCUAAUGAAAAUAGCCAAACUGCCGUGACAGGGCCCGGUGCCGCGUUACAGGAAUAAGUUAAAGCACGGCCUCUCAGUUUGCCCCCAAGAAUUUCACUGACUGAUUUCAUGCGUAUAUCGAUCUCAAACACUUUUCGCAGCAGCAUCACUCACUCCACCCCGCUUAAUAUCCUCUAUUACCCUCGUCGGGGGGGCUCGCGCCGCUGUGUGCAAUUUGAAAUAAAUUUGCCCCAUUAAAGCUCUGAUUAUUUUUUCUCCGCAGAGCUAAUUAAGUGCUGAAUUCCUGGUAAGGGGAGAUUACUCACUGUGAGCGACUAAUGAAAAGAAACACUGGAAAAUGUGCAGAAUUUAAACAGUGAGCUCUGAGGAGCGGGCGCACUAAUUCUGUGUGAAAGGUUUCGGAAAUAUCAGGAGAGCACGCGUUUGGAAUAAAAAAAGACAAUGCUCUCUCUUACUGUAUUUAUCUGAGAGGACGCCGAGGCAUGUAGGAAGUAGAAAAUAGAAAAUAACUCAACUAUGUAGCUACUGUAUGAAAAGGCCUCCUAUAAUUAUAGUUCCCAAAGAGAUGGAUGCACACACAAAAGAGAGGAGAGGCCUUCUCUCUGCACUACUAUAUAUUUUCAUAUUUUUGCAGUGUUUAAAAAAAUAUAUUAUUUAUCUUACAUUAAAUAAAGUGGUUGUAUUUAAAGGAAUUUUGUGGCAGAUUGUGAUACAUAUCCGCCGUUGUUUUCUCCUGUACAGUUUUUAUAAGAGUUUUUAAUAGAAGCAUUGCCUUAUUGUACUGUAUUUAUUAUCACGAUCAACCUGGAACAUGUCUGUCUGAGUGAGGCUCCUGUUGUACUGAUGCAUGGAAAUGAUAUUCACGCACACCCUCUGCACUGUAGCUCUGCUGUACAUAAUAAAAAUCCAUUUCAUUAU